AUGUGCGCUAUCAAGAAUGUUGAAAUCCUCCAUGGUGAUGGUGGUGUUGGCACUAUCAAGUUGAUCACCUUCGGACAAGGUAGUCAAUUCAAGAAUAUGAAGCAAAGGAUUGAUGGAGUUGACAAAGAGAACUACACAUGCAAUUACACAAUCAUUGAAGGAGAUGCUUUAAUGGAUGUUCUUGAAUCAAUUUCUUAUAAUAUUAAAAUUGAACCAUAUGAAAAUGGAGGGUCAAUUUGCAAGAACACUAGCACUUUAUCAGUGUGGAUUUGAGCUAAUUUGAGAACUAUUCAUUUUGACUUGAAUUGCGUACUCAAAGUUAAGGUUCAAAUACCUGCUGGAUUUAGAUUUUAAAUUCGCCUAUCGUGGGUUAACAAAAAGUGAAAAUAGUGUAUUUCCAUUAGUGUGUCUUUUAGUUUCUUGUAUGAAUAUGUCUAGUAUGGUUUCCACGACUCUACCACUCAGUCAAUUUUGUUCUGUUUGCGCGUCUAGUUAUACUACUAUGGUUGGUUAACUAAUAAAACUUGUGUUGAUUUGGUGUGAGAAAGCAUUUCUACCAUUAGGGUACUAUAUCGUAUAUUGUAUCGAGGUUUUUCCUCAAAUUUAUAUUACUAGUGUAUGAAUACGUGUUUUGCAUGUGUAUCCUGUAAUCAAUGAGUAUUUGAGUUAUGA